GGGAAACACUGAUAACAAACGUCACCUCUUCGAAUGCAUCGAUUUUCCACGAACACCACCCACCCGCACCAGAAAUAAACAAAACAAACUCUGCUCGCACGGACACACGGUGGCUUCGCGCAGCUUCUUUGCACACCGGAACGGGAUUUACGAUUGGCGAAGCAACGAUAAAAGGCGCUAGCAGCAAAGCAGUCCGGGAAAAAGGAAGCCGUUCCGCAAAACGAGCGCUCCUUCAUUUCUCAAGGACCAUUCAAAACCAUCUGGUAAGCGUGCGCGCGCGAUCAGCAUAAAGUGUACGGGUAGUGUCGUGAUAGCGGUUCCAUUUUCCCGCCGCCGUUCGUGUGGAAAAUUGUACUUCAUUUUCUUUGUCUCGCGCUCCGUCAUAAAGAGCGUGGUCUGGUGCGAAGAUUCAGCCAAGAGUGCUAGUCGUAGUUGUUCAAGAUAGGUCAAACCAGCAGCAUGUCCAUGAACGAAGGUAUUGCGGUCGUCACGAAGGUAGUGUCCACCGGUGUUCGUCGUGCUCCGGAACCUGCCACUGUGCUAACGCGCGAAGAUUUCAACGCGGGCCCGAUAAGUUUGGAUGAAAUAGAGCCGGGAUUGUGGUUGGGCAAUGCAUCCGCUGCAGCUGACGUGGGCACGUUGGAGAAGCACACCAUCCGUAGCAUCCUGUCGAUCGAUUCCGUUCCCCUGCCAGUGCAUAUAACGGACCAUCCGAAUCUUCGCGUGCGUCACAUACAGGCGGCCGACGUACCGCGCGAAGAUCUGAUACGACAUUUCGAGGAUAGCAAUCGCUUCAUUGCGGACAGUUUGGCCGAGGGUCGUCACGUGCUAGUGCACUGCUACUUUGGUGUGAGCCGCAGUGCCACGAUUGUUAUCGCGUACGUCAUGCAAAAGUAUCGUCUAGGCUAUGAGGCCGCAUACCAGCGUGUAAAGGCGAAACGGUGCUUCGUAAUGCCGAAUCCGGGCUUUGUGAAUCAGCUCAAGCUAUAUGCCCGCAUGGCGUAUCGGAUCGAUCGCACCAACGAACGCUACAAACUGUUCCGUCUGCGCUUGGCCGGUGAUAACGUGCGAAAAGCGAAGCGUUUGCCAACGGAAUGUAUGGACGUAGUGAAGGCUGAUCCGGGCGUGACACAAGAAUCACCCGAACCGUACGUCUAUCGGUGCCGUAAGUGUCGCCGUGUGGUCGCUUCCCGUAGCAACUUGCUGCUGCACAAACCAAAAUCAGCCACGAUAGCUCAAUCGCAGGCAAAGGUUGGUCGCGAACCGGAAGCCACACUCGAGGAAGAAGGUACUGGCGACGAACCCGACGAUGGAGCACAGGAUGGAGAAGGAAUUGUGAUCGAGCAUGUUACGCCUAAUGCCAUGGCAACGGGAUCAUCAUCUACGGUUGCUCCUGCCGGUGGAGUGAACGAGUUGGCGGAAAAAAUUCGUCGCAGUUCGAUUAGCAGCGAGCAUAGCAACCGGUCGUCCGAAAAGGAUACGCCAAUGUGCAACAAAAUAUUCUUCAUCGAGCCGCUUGCUUGGAUGACGGAUAUCUACCGAAACACGCAGGGUCGACUGUACUGCCCGAAGUGUACCGUCAAGCUGGGCAGUUUUAACUGGGUGAUGGCCACAAAGUGUCCGUGUGGGGCAGAAAUAUUUCCCGCAUUUUAUCUCGUCCCUUCGAAAACGGAAUAUUCGACCGUGGUUCAAAAUGUGCAAGUUACGGUGUAAUGGGUGAAUCCGCAUGGCCAACAAUAACCAAAGAGUAGAUGACAAAGGA